GAGGGGGUCACACUGGUACCGGCUUAUGUUUUGACAUUCAAUCGACGAUUUAAAUCCCUGUGCAGCCACCCAACAAUCAUAAUGGAGAUUGAGCCUAGGACGACAUUGGUACCCGAUUUGGAGCAUCCAGAUGACGGCCAGUACAUUUGGCUGCCAAUUCUAGUGCUAUUGGGAGUUAUUGUGCUCGCGGGUCUGGUUUAUGCCAUGUCACGUAGCCGUCGUUCACUCAACUGCGUUUACUUCAAACGUCGCAGUGCCACGCGUAAUGGCUACGCCAAUGUCGACGAAGAGGAUUCAGAUGUAUCCAUGGUUGGUGCAGAUGAUUUUGGAGAAUCAAAUGCCAUAACAAGUCUCCUGGAUGCUCGCUUACAUAUAGGACCUCGAUCCGAGGGUAAUCGACAGUCGAGCCAAUUACACCUUGAUGCAGAUGACAUCGCCUUGCGUACCUAGCUGAGGGAUU